AUGGCACAGGGACUUUGGCCGGAUCAGGAGGGCAUGUCGCCCGAACUCAACCUACCCCAGCAAGAGCGGGUCGAUCGCCAGAUGAUUCGACACCUGCUUGGUAAAUACUCACGAGAGGAACUGGGAAGGUUGCUACAAGAAGAAGGCCGCUUAUCACCAUCUUCAUCAUAUGAGGAAAGAUCCUUUAUGCUCUCAAGUAGCGGAAGCUCGCACGAAGACUCGUCAAAUAUGUUCGACUCAACGAGCAGCAACAACGCAUUUUCAGAUACAUCGUCUACAUGCGGCAGCGUCACCUCCAACGUUUCACCUCGAGCGAGCACCAGCCGCAAGCGCCAUGCAAGUCCGUCGACGACUCGAGCCAGUAUAGCCCUUACCGAUGAAUCGUCCUGGGAUGCCGAGGACACCACACCUACGACAGCAGCUCCCAAGCAAAAGGGCUCCUUCACCUGCGGAUUCUGUCUCGAAGAGGGCAUCCAGAAGACAUGUACACGCAAGAAUGACUUGAAGCGCCACAUGGAAGAUUUCCAUCACACAAACGCACAAUGGUUCUGCCGGCAUCGAGGCUGCCAGAUGGUUUUUGAUUGGCAAACGGCCUACAAGGCUCACCUCAAGAACUCCCAUGGCGGAUCGAGAAUGAACCUGGAUGACGCCAAGGUUCCGCUGUGUCCCCAGACGGUGUUCGCGUGCGGUUUUGAGAACUGCCUUCAGGUUUUCGAGGCGCCAAGCGACGCUCAUGCCGGACCUACCUUCAAGGAGUACGUGAGCCAUGUUGUCAAGCACUUUGACGAGGGCGCAAGCAGUGGCCAGUGGAGUUACUCGGCGAGAAUGCGUAACCUGCUCCGUCAAUCUAGCGUCUUGAGCACUUGGUCACAAUCAUUAUGGCCAGACGCAGACCCAAGUCGCUUACGGUGGAAUUCCCAAACUAGCAGUGUUUUGAGAAAGCGCCUAGAAACUAGACAUCUUGGCGACCUGCAGUUCCUCGUCCAAUACGCUAUUGCCCUUGGCUCAAGCCCCAAUGGCGCCAUUCAGAACUUCCGCGCGGACUUUGUGACUCCCAUCCGCAGCGAGUGCAGGAUGGCGAUCCACGGCCACAACAGGGCAGGUGUUCCGGCAGCAACAACCACUCCGGAACCAGAUCACAUGGUUCAGUACGGCAUGUCGAAUGCCGCCAAUCCAGCCAUGGUCGCAUAUUACCAGCGACAGGCCUACAUGCCUCAGCCG